CAGUCUGCGCUCCCCUCUCUCUCCACCCGCCGCCAGCAGGCUGAUCGCUGUCUGCUGCUCCGCACCAAGUCCUGGAAAAUAUCCUGCGGAGCCACGUAAACGCAGUUUGAUUCAUUAUAUAACCAGCGAGGGACAAAAACUGCAGCAGAGUACCAGAGCUGGUCCAAGAGAUGUCCUGCAUGCAGAAUAUGAGCACCUCACCCCCCCACAGAGCCCUGUAACCAAUGGCAGCCUCUGUCCAGACUCUUCCUCUGACCCGCGGCCCUAACAAAACCUUCCGUAACCCUUUCCCAGCCCCGCCCCUCUCCUCCCGCUGCGGCAUGGGAAGUGUAGGCAGUCUGGUGGAGAGGCCAGAUGUGUCGCCGACUAAAGCCAGCCGUGCGGUGCCCCAGGUGAGACCCAAACAGACCAACGGCCUCCUGAAGAAAGGCUUCACCCAAAGAGAGCUGCUCAACUACCUCAACAUCACCAGAAAAGAACCUAAAGUGAACUCAAGCAGUGACGGCAAAAAGGACGUUAUCUCUGGCCUCGGCUCUGCCACCGCCCGUGAGGAGGACAACUUAUACGCCAAGGUCUACCAUAAAGAUGGCACCAAAGUAGAUUUGACAAAGAACUCACUGCCAAGUGGGGGCAAGUAUGAAAAGGCUCGUUUUAGGUCUUCUGCCUUCAAGCCUGUCACCCCCAAAAAUUUCAGCUCCAUGCAAAACCUCUACCCCUCUUCCAAGUCAGAGGAUGUGGACCAUGGCCUUUCCAACGGGCUGCACAGAGCCUACGCCCAUGUCCCAAAAGCUGUCUCCACCUCGUCCUCCUCUUCCUCGCCAUCCCGUCACGGAGGACUGACAUCCAGUGCUAACAAGGCCCUCUCCUCGGUGCGUGGGAUGAGCCAGGAGGAUGAUAACCUUUCAGACUCAGGCCAUAACUCCAUGAACAGCCUGCCGCCGUACCGGCCUCCCUUCCGCCCACAUCUGGCUCACAUCAGUGCAUCUAUGGGCCACAUCAACACCAUCGGCUCUCUGGACCGCACCUCUCUGGGCGCAAAGGCUGCAGGGUCAGGGGGCGUCAACAUAGGGGAGAUGGCGUGUCGGAGCAUGGCAACCCUGAGCCGUCUGGCUCCAUAUGGAGGGGAGGCUCCACCUCCUUAUGAAUGGACACUCUCCCUGUCUGUUGAGGAAGUGGUCCGGGAUCUGGAGGAGCGCCUGGUGGAGAAAGAACAUGAGCUGAAACAGAUGAAAAGAAACCUGGAUGAGAGUGAGGGCGCCAUCGCUCAGGUGUUUGAAGGGAAACAGCGUCUGUGGGAGAAAGAGGUGGAGGAGCUCAAACGCCUGUACGCCGCCAAGCUGCGCCAGGUUUCCCAGCAUGCCCAACGGUCCCAGCGCAGCCUGCAGUUGCAGCUGUUCAAGGCCCAGCAGGAGAAGAGCCGACUGCAAGAGGAGCUCGACAGCCUGAAGCAGGAAAGGAGCCAGGAGCCUGGAGCCAUGGCAAAACGAACCAGUCCGACCCUGGAGGAGACGCAGUGGGAGGUAUGCCAGAAGUCAGGGGAGAUCUCCUUGUUGAAGCAGCAGCUGAGGGACUCCCAGGCGGAGGUGACCCAGAAGCUGAGUGAGCUCUUCCAGCUGAAGACGCAGCUCAGGGAGACCCGCACAGAGCUGCGCACCAGGGAGAGCCAGAUAGAUGCACUGAAGCUGGUCCUGCAGGGGACACAGCGUCGCAGGAACCCCUCUCAGACCACACAUGAGGACGGAAAAGGACCUGAAGAGAGUCCUUCAGCUGGGGCAACAGGGGGGUGCGGGGGCUCCACAGAGGAGCGUCUGCGCGCAGAGCUCCUGCUGGAGCGACGCCAGAGCGAGGCCCAGGCCAUGGCUUUCGAGGAAGAGAGGCAGACAUGGCAGACAGAAAAGGACAAGGUCAUCCGCUACCAGAAGGAGCUGCAGGCCAGCUACUUAGAGAUGUACCACCGCAAUGAAGCACUGGAGAGGGAGCUGCACCAGCUGAGGGCAGGCAGAGAGCGAGGAGGAGGAGGAGCAGGAGGAGGAGGAAGCAGAAAUGGGACAUUGGAGAGAGAGGCGUCAGAGCUGAGGAGCGAGAGCGCGGGUGAAAAAGAAGAGGGCAGACCUUCCUCUGGUUUGCCGUGGAUAGAGAGAAUUGAAUCAUCUGAAAUUUGAAUCUGACUUCUUUGCAAUGCAAACUGUUUUCUCCCUGUGGACAGGUUUCUACGGAAACCCAUGUCCACCACGAAAAGGAAAGCAAAUAGACUUAGACUUCAAAUUUUGAGUUUGGAAGUAAAAAGUUCAGUAAAAAUUUGGACUUACUCAGACAAACUUUUAGAGAAUAAAAGUUACCAAGUUAUUAGUUAUGGGUAAUAAAUAGAUUUUGCGUGAAAAAUCAAGCUUUGAUUUACUAUGAUCAACAUGAUCAGACACUAAGUCAUAAUAUUAAUUUAGUAAGUCAGAAUUAUGACAUAUUAAGUAAAGACUGAGACAGUAAGUCAAAACUUUGACCCACUAUUUCACGCGCUUAACUAAGUAUCUCAUAAUUUGGACUUUGAGUUGUUUUUUUUUAAUCAAGCAGCUUUUCAUUUAUUUUUCUUUUCCUGGUGAAAGUGGGCUUCCAUAUGUUCCCGUUCGCUUCCCCUUCUCUGCCCAUGCACCCCUGUUGAGCACACUGAGGGAAUCGGCACAGAAAUGCUGUCUGUGCCUCAUCUCUCCUUGGAAGAAGAGUAGCGGCAGUUCUAUAAAAGUACAGCCAAGCACUUGGACUGUCCCGCCUAAGACUUUUGUCCAAUUACAAGCUGUAAAUUAGCAAACUGAUAUGCUGACUAUUUUGUGUUCAUUUGGUAGUUACCGUUUGGUGUGGACUGCUUUAUAGUCUUGACUUAAACCAAAGGAUUCAAAGGGAUUUAGUGUGGCUCAGUAACAUCUGAGCACCUGUCCAGCCUGUGCAGAGGGUUCUGUGGAUUCAGGGCCCACCAGGGCUCUGGGAGGAAAGCUGCAUCUCUGGGUUAAGUAUCGAGGAUUAAAGCUAUCUGGUGCCAAGGUACUAAUGCUAAUUCUUUGCCAUCAAGGAAACUGUGUACGCUACUUAAGAAACUGCAAAUGUUGGACUUCUUUCUCAUUCAGUUUCAGGUGAGAUCUAUAUAUUUUGUACAUAAUGUAAUUUGGAUUUGACUGGCCUUUUGUCCUUGUAUUCCAAGCACACUGUUGUCUUAAAUGGGCGUAUUUCCACUCCUUUUGAUUGCAGUGAAAGCGAUCAAUAGAUCAGGUUGUUGAACAUGACUGCCCUGCUUCAUGGUGCGAUUUGUUGCACAUACUCAGCCAAUAACAUCAAAUGCAUGACGUAAGUGAAGUUGUUCUCCUGUAUUGUUUAUUAUUAAUAUAUGAACAUUCAAAAGCCAGCUCUCAAUCGACCUUUCAGCAUACUGUGACUCUUGUCUAUUUACUGGAAUUAAAACUGUACAGUAUAAAUAUAUGUUUGUUUUGGAUUCAUAAUAAACGUUAAUGAAGUGGUGUAAAAGCUGUUCCGUU